AUGUCUGCCCCAAUUGCUCUCAUCACAGGCGCCAACCGUACCGAUGGCAUAGGCUACGCAGCUGCUCGCCAACUUGCUCUCCAACACGGCUUCACUGUCGUACUAGGCUCUCGUACUCUCUCUCCAGCUCUUGACGCCGCUGCUAGGCAGCUCGAGAAAGAAGGGACUAAGAACGGUGUGCACGCUGUUCAUAUUGAUGUAGCUAGUUCGGACAGCGUAAGAAAGGCUGCGAAAGAGGUGUCGGAGAAGUUUGGAAAGCUCGAUGUGCUAGUGAACAAUGCCGGGCUGAGCGUCCCUCCCUCUCGGACUGAGAUCGUUGAAACAUGGCCACAGGUCAGCCUGGAUUCUACGGAGCACACCAGAAAGGACUUUGAGGAAGUAUUCGCGGUGAAUUUUUUUGGUAUCGUCGAUACCAUCAAUGUCUUCGCACCUCUCCUCGCCAAGUCUUCCUCCCCACGUAUCGUGAACGUCGGCUCUCCAGCUGGUUCAUUGGAUUACAUCUCUUCCUUACCGGCCAACUAUCUGGGAGCGAGCAUUGUCUAUAGCUCUUCGAAAGCUGCUCUCCACAUGCUCACUAUCAUGUACAGCAAAGAUUUACCGAAGAUGAAUCCUGCAUUCAAAAUCAACGGGGGAUGUCCGGGUUUCACUGAUACGUCAUUCAACAAACACAUCGGAAACCGUAAACCUGACGAAGGCGCCGCAGUCGUUACUUGGCUCGCCACACUUCCUGAAAGCGGGCCCACUGGAGGUUUUUACUGUGAUUAUCCUCCGUAUUCGGAGAAGAACGGAGAAUUCAAGGUCUUGAGUUGGUAA